CGGUUGGGGGAGAGUCCAAGCAAACAGAAGCUCCUCCGUACAACCGCAAAGGAGGAGGAGGUGUAGGAGGAACGAAACGGAGCUCUGUAGCCUUACAACACACACUCACACGCACACACACUCACACACACACCCACCCCCGUUGGGUGUGUAUACUGCAUGUAGGCACGAGAGAAAGCACCGUUCACCGUCUUCACACCGAAGAGGACUGAGAGGAGAAAAAGCAAAGGGCGGAAUGUGCAUGAGGGCUUUGUUUAAUCAGUCCUAGUACAAGUGGAAGCCGCUCGGUGAAGGCGGUAUACAGUCCGUUCACCCGCAGCCACAGCGCGACUAUUUGUGUCACCGUUCUGCAUCCUGACAGGAAAAGACACGGCGCCGUAUUUGUAGCCCACGCUUCAUCUCCAUUCAACAGAGAACUCAAGAUAUUUGCAGCUAUGCUUGAACCUGACAUGUCUUGUGUUUAUAUGCAGUGAGUGAGAAUUACCCGCCUCUCCUACACGACCUGCACGACUGCAGAGGACAAGACAGGGAGGGAGCAACUGGCCCUCAGACUCGUGGGUCUCCUUCAGUGUGCGGACUGAGACUUGAUUCUUCCACAAGCAAAUUUACUGAUGGCUUCGUUUUCUUGACCCAAUAACAACAGGGAGUGUGAACAGCACUUGUGGGGUUUUUUUUUUGUUUGUUUCAUUGUAACUAACUGCGCUACAAUGUAAACGCGCACGGUUUUAUUAUCGCCGCCCGUAUUGCUGUAUUUAUUAUCGGUCAGGAUCGACGCAGGGCUCUUAUACGUGCUACCCUUAUCAAAAUGCCGGCCGGAAUGAAGCCUCUUGAAAAGUUCCUUAAGAAGCAGACGAACGCACUGACACGGGCCGGUGGUUUCGGAGGAGAGAAAGCGGCGGCAGGCACCAGCGCGGCUCGGCGACGCGCCAGCCUCUCUCGCGUCGUGCCGUUCUUUAGAGAGAGCUCGCCCGAGGGCGGCCCUGCACGCGGAGACGUCUUCAGCCCCGAGACCGAGGAAGCGCCGUGCUGGCCGUCAGCUGCCGCUACUGAUAUCCGGAGCCCGUCUCUCUCCAGUGACGAGCAGAGCUCCGAGGCUAGCCUGGACACCGGCUGGACCCCGCUGCCCGCCGACACACCGGAGAACCUGGCUCUCGCGCUGCUGGACAGCGUGGCGGGGAAACGUUACGGCAACUGCACAGAAAUACUCCUGGACGACUUCAUGUUGACACACCCUAUCUUCCUGGCAUCCGACAAGUUUCAGCAGGUCCUGCUUCAGCAGUUUGGAGCUGAACCCAAGCAGGGCGAGGGCUGGCCCACCUGGGAUGGAGCGGAGAGGAAGCAGGCCGUGUUGAGUGUGGCCUUCCGCUACCUGGACACAUAUAGGGAACUGCUACAGGAGGAGGGGGACAGAUCUAACAGCUUCCCUAAGGACCUGUACCUUUGUGCUGUGCAAGAGCUCAGUCGCUUCCCCGAGCUGGUGGAGGAUGUUCUAAAGCUCCAGCGCUGGACUGAGAUCCUCCACAACCCGGCAGAGGAGGACAAGGAGAGUCGGAAGAAGCAGGUGCGUCCUCUCUUCCGCCACUUUAGACGCAUUGACGCCUGCCUGCAGCCGCGAGAGGCUUUCCGUGGCUCAGAUGAAAUUUUUUGUAGGGUCUACACACCCGACCACUCGUACGUAACCAUCCGCAGCCGUCUGUCCUGCCGUGUUGGAGAGAUUUUGGCUCUGGUGCGAGAAAAGCUCCAGUAUAGUGAGGAGCAACCGACCCAACCAGGCAACCUCAUACUGGUGGCAGUCACCUCAUCUGGAGAGAAGGCCGUAUUCCGUCCCAGUGAUGAGGCUGUCUUCACCACUCUGGGUGUCAACACGCACCUGUUUGCUUGCGAACCCUCCGAGCUCGAGAGCCUGAUGCCCCUGCCUGAGGAGAUCCACUGGUCCCCGGGUGACAGUAAACUCCAUGACAUGAGUGCAGAGGAAGUGGCCAACCAGCUGGUGGUGUUUGACUGGGAGCUCUUCAGCUGUGUGCAUGAGGUGGAGUUUGUGUGUUACGUGUUCCAUGGAGAGGAGGCUCGAUGGCGACCCCUUAACCUUGAGCUGGUACUGCAGCGGUGCAGCGAGGUGCAGCACUGGGUCGCUACAGAGAUCCUGCAGUGCCAGUCACUGCCUAAGAGGGUGCAGCUGUUGCGCAAGUUCAUCAAGAUUGCAGCUCUGUGUAAACAGCAGCAGGACCUGCUGUCAUUCCUUGCUGUAGUUUUGGGGUUGGACAACCCUGCAGUUAGCCGUCUGCGCCUUACCUGGGAGGGCUUGCCUGGAAAGUUCAGGAAGCAGUUCCAGCAGUUUGAGAGCAUUGCGGAUCCCUCCAGGAACCACAAGUCGUACAGGGACCUGUUAGCCAGUCUGAGGGCUCCACUCAUCCCCUUCACCCCACUUCUGCUUAAAGAUUUGACGUUCCUUCAUGAGAGCUGUAAGACCUUCCAUGGGGAAUUGGUUAAUUUUGAGAAGAUGCACAAAGUUGCAGAAAUGGUGAGGAGCAUCAGGCGGUACAGGAGUACUCAGCUAGUGAUGGAUGCCGAGCCGUCUCCUUCACACCUUCAGACCAAGGCGUACGUGCGUCAGUUGCAGGUCAUCGAUAAUCAGAACCUGCUGUUUGAAAUGUCCUGCAAACUCGAGCCCAAAGAUAUGUAACAGGGCUAAUCAUCUCCCAUCCUGCCAUUCAGACUCCUCCCUCCUCAUAACAAACCUUUCUGCUUCUCCAUCACAGCUGGACUGCUGGAAGAGUAGUGAGAUCUGUCAGGAUUUACAGCAGGAGCUCCUGCUUGUCGAGUCUGGACUUCAGGACAGAGUUAAAUGUUAUACAGAACGCUUAUUUACAUAUUACAUCUGCAACAUUUCAGUGUUUUUUUUUCUGCACUCAGUCAACAACUUUGAUCAGUUCCACCGGUUUACUCCGAUUUUUUUCUGUAUAUUUAAUUGCCUUUUCUUUUAUUUUCACUAUUUCUUUGUGAGAUUUGUCCAGUUUGCACUGCCAUUAGUGGAGCUGAAGCGAAUGAGAUGGGAUCACACUACAUUUCCUCUGGAUGUUUAUGGACUUGACUUCACCUCUUUUACCUCACACACAAACCCCCUACCCCAAAACAUGAGACUAUCUGACCUCAUGGACUUUAAUAUGUCUCUGCUUUGUCCUCUUUUCCCUCCUACGCAAGCCAACAGAGGCACUUGGCACUUACUGUAACCCUGCAGCCCUCAGCUGUGUUUUACACACACACACACACACACACACACACACACACACACACACGCUUUAUACCAGCUCCAUCAUCAGCAUGAUCAGUGAAGGCCUCAGUGUAUUAAAGCAGAGUAAUAUAUAAUCAAUCUCACAAUAAAUGUCUGUGGUUUCUAAUUGCUUGUUGUGUACGCCUCAGUUGCAGGCUGUGUCACAAAGCAUGCUCAUUAAGUGACCAUGUGUGUGCGACACAGUCAGCACUUUGCACAACAUCCAGUCGCUCCACAGUCAGCACGGUUUGUUCAGGGACGAUGUCUGAACAUCGUCUCCAUAUGAAGUACACUGAGGCCUUCAGCCAUCUUGAGUGUUUGUCACAGAAAUUACACACAAUCAAUCUACUGCAUAGAAGUGCAGAUUUUACUCUUCCUAUUAGGUGCAAGAUUUCAAUAUAUUUCUAUUUAUGUAUCUCUUUGAUUCUAGUACAAUUUUAAAUCACACUCAGUUCUCUUAAUUACUAGCAAAGGCAGAAACUGAUUAACUAGCUUGAUGAACUGCUAAUGAAUUAAGCUCUUACCUUAAUCUUCUUUUGGACUUCACAUCCUGUGUGUGUAUUCAAUGCCAUGGCCAUUAAUCUGAUCAUUAAUCUCAAACACAGUUCAUCUUCUCUUGCCAAACCUUAAACGGAGCCAUCAUAAGCUAUAAAGCAAACCUGCUCUCAGACGGGCCGCAGGGAACACAUCUAACCGCUGCUGGCUGCUUUUUCUCGUCUCGGAUGCGACUCUCAGGAUUUUCUUCCUGCUGAGAAUCUUUUGCAGAGGCCUGUCUGAAAAGCCUCCAUGUACAUAAAUUCAUGUAAAUAGCUAAAUAAAUAUGAAGACUCUAUUUUAUGUAAGAGAAAUAAGAUGGAUGUUCAAUGAGAAUAUUUGUUUUGUAUAUCUGAGGGGGUUAAAAACGUAUGUGUACAUUUUAAAACAGAUCAAGAGUCUAAUAUUCACGAUGGAAGAACUGUACAGCAUAUCUUCUUGGUUUCGUUGCAUCGCAGUUUAUAUUCGGUUCCUAGCUGUAGUACAGGAUGUGUAUUAUACUAUAUAUUAUAGUUUUAUUGAUUAUCUUUGGUUGUAUUAUUUUGUUGGUUUUUGUCUCUUUUGCAAUUUACUGGAAUUGUACAGCAUGUGUUUGCUUUAGUUGGAUUUGAUUGUUUUUUUGUUUGUUUUUUAAAGCGGGUAACCUACAAUCUCUGGGUGUUGUUUUUUGGUUUUUGUACAGAAGUCCGUGUUUACAGUGCCCUCCUCUGAAACUCAGAUGUGUCCAAUGAGGCGAGAGGAAGGCGGGUCAGGAGGAGGCGCUGCUCCGCCUCCAUCUCCAAAAAAAAAAAAAAAAAAAUAUAAAAAUUGAAAUAAAUCUCAAAUAAAGCCUCUUCUGAUGAG